GACAACGCUAAAUACAACAACAUAAAUAAAAACAAUUAUAUUAAUAACAACAAGACAAGCUGAAACAAAGCACACACGACGCUGUAUUUGAUUGUUUUAAACAAUGCGCAACACAUAAUUUGCCUAAAAUUUCUUAGUUGUCUGUAAUUUUUUUUGCUCGUUGUUUUCGCACAUUUUUUUUUCGCGUGCUGUGUUAAUUAAUUAGUCGAUACAACGUAGUAGAAGUAGAACAACAACAAUAACAACAAAACACCAAACAAUAAUAAAUACGUUAAAACGAAAAAGGUUAGCAAGUGUGCCGCCCACAACAGAAAAGGAAGAGCGCAGGCAAAAACAACAGUAACAACAACAAAAAAAGAAAAAGAGCAAAACGAGAGAGAGCGAGGCAAACAAAGAGAGCGAAGUGCGUGGACGACGACGACGACGCCGCAGCGAGGCGGACGCCAAAAACUGGCACUGUCAACAACAACAAAAUCAUGUCAACAGAUAAUCCCACACAGCUGCUAGCAACACACGAUUUGAGCCAACUGCGAGGACAACUACAAUCAGCUGCGGCAGCAGCAGCAGCGACAACAGCAACAGCCACGGCGGCAACGGCAGCGGUUGUGGCAGCAGCGGCAGCUGCCGCACACGGUUAUCGCAACGUGGCAGCAACGGCCACAAACGGACACGGACACGGUCACAAUCACAAUCACAGUAGUCACAGCAGUCACAGCCACAAUCACAGUAGUCACAGCCACAGCCACAGCCACAUGAACUCCGGCGGCACCAAAUACGUGUUGCUGCAACACAACGGCAGCAGCUUCACAGCCUACGAGAACAGCGCAGCUGCAAGUGGCAAUCUGGUGCAAGGUGCGGCGAGUGCUGCUGCUGCUGGCGGGGCAGGCGGAGGCGGUGGUGGUGGAGGGGAAGGGGGAGGAGCUACAACUGGUGGCAACAUUGUCCUGCUUGCCACAGAGCCAAUCGAGCUGAGUGCAGCGGAUGCUUUGGCCACAGCAACAGCAGCAGCAGCCGCAGCUGGCGACGAUGGUGAAUUGCGUUCGUUGUCCUGGCUUAAUGACAGCAAUCUGAUUAAAGGCAUUGUCACAACCACAGCAGCAGCAGCAGCGACGAAACGUGCUGCCGGCGGCUUAACGCUUAAAGCAGCAACAACACCAGUUGCAGCAGCAGCAGCAGCAGCGAAAGCAGCAACCAACAAUAAUAUUUGCUUUGUGGGCGACAUUAUUGAAGAGUUGCCGCCGAGCGCAGGCAGCAGCAACAGCAGCGAGACCAACAGCAACAUCAACAACAACGAGCAACAGCAAUCAAACGAACAGCAGCAGCAGCAGCAGCAAUCACCCGCCGUAUACAGCACCACAACGGUGCACAAAGGACCCAGCGGAACAACCACGGUGGUUGAGUACAAGGCCGCAACGAAGGCGGCUGCUGGCGGGGGCGGGGCCUUUUUACCGGCUCGUGUUGCCAGCAACACUUUUGUGCCCACCAUCACAGCAACAGUUAAGCAACAACCACAGCAGCAACAGCAGCAGCAGCAGCAGCCACAACAGAUCUUUGUCAGCAAUGGCAGCAGUGGAGCUGGCUACAAAUCGACAUCGGGCAACACAACGACACAUCAUCCGCAUAAAAAGUAUUUGCGUGAGAAGAUGAAUGUCGAGCACAACAACAAUAACAACAAUAACAAUAACAGCAGUAACAUCAACAACAACAACAACACCAACAAUCAUAGUCAUGUGGUGGCCUCAACAGUAACUGUGGUCAGUUCGCCCGCCUCCUCAAACAACUCGUCGCUCAGCUCGUGUUCCGUCUCCGGUUCUGGUUCCGGCUCUGGCUCCGGAUCCGGCUCAUCCACAGCAGCUGUCAAUGGCGGCAACAGUCCCGUGCCCAAGUCAAGCAGUUUCAAUGCCGUCUUUGAUGCCGUCAACUAUGCGGCCACCAACAACUCAAUGCCCAACAGCAACAGCAGCAACAACACCAAAAACACCACCAGCAUCAUCACGACAACGAGCAGCAACAGCAACAGCAGCGUCAGCGGAAAUGGCAUCGGUAUUGGAAUCGGGGAUCCACAGUCAGCGACACAGACGGUGGUCAGCACCACGACGCUGCCAGCUGGCUACAGUUUUGUCAGCCACUUGGGCAGCGCCACCCACGUCAUCAGCUCACAACAACAGCCCGCCAACAUUGUGACGCCGGAGUCGUCGCCUCUGCUGCUGUGCAGCGGCGGCUUCUACAGUGCGGUGCCGUCGCGAGCCGCUGCCGGGCUGCAGUUGUCGAUUACGCCUCCGCCACAGGCGACAGUGCUGCACAAUGGUUCCGUUUCAGCGGGUUCUCUUUCCGGUUCGGGUUCAGGUUCAGGUUCGGGCUCCGCUUCGGGGAUGCCGCAGUUGCGUAGCCCCAACAGUUAUGCCAGCUACGAGAACGAGGACUCGCUGAAGGAGUUCGAUAUGGUGGGCAACAGUGUUCGGAUGCACACAAGCACUCCCCAGUACCAAGCAAUGACCAAGAACAACAACAAUAACAACAUUAGCAGCAGCAGCAGCAGUAACAAUAACAAUAACAGCAACAGCAACGGUAAUAAUAACAACAACUCAUCCACUGGCGGCAGCAGCUUCAGCAGCAGCUCCAACGCUGGCAACAACAGCAGCGGCAACAACAACGGCAAUAAUACACCCCAGAAGCAAAAGCAUCCUAACAAUGUGCCAUACGAUCCGUUCGUGCAUACAAACAACAAACCGCCAUAUAGCUUUAGUUCCCUGAUCUUCAUGGCCAUCGAAGACUCCAACGAGAAGGCGCUGCCAGUGAAAGAGAUCUACGCGUGGAUCGUGCAGCAUUUUCCGUACUUCAAGACGGCGCCCAAUGGCUGGAAGAACAGCGUGCGCCACAACCUGUCGCUGAACAAGAGCUUCGUCAAGGUGGAGAAGGCGCCCAAUAUGGGCAAAGGAUCGCUGUGGCGUGUCGAGCCGCAGCAGCGACAAAAUCUCAUGCAGGCCUUAAAUCGUUCGCCCUACUUUCCCAACUCGGCUGUCGACAAGAUCAGCCCGAUGCUCAAGAGUCCCACUGGCAAUCCAGGUGGCUACGACAGCUUGGAUGGCAGCGCCGGCUCCACGUCGGUGUCCGUGGUGGGUGUAACAACAACGGGCGGAGCUACAACGCCCGUUAAAACGAAUGGAGUGCUUGGCUCAUUGGCCAUUGCUGGCGGUGGAGGGGGAGCAGGAGGAGGAGGCGUUGUUCAAGUGGCUGGCAAUGGCACAGCAAAUGGAAAUAGUGUUGGGAAUGGAGCUGCUUCUGCUGCUGCUGGAGCUGGAGCUGGUGCUGCUCAUGGACGUUUCGAUCCGAAAUUGUAUCCCAAUUUGUGCAAGAAAUUUCGCAACAUCAGCGAGGAGCCAUCGACGCAGCCGGCGCAGCUCUUAGGCGAUGCUCUUGACGAGGAGCUGCACGGCGAUUAUCUGACCAAUAACAACAAUAACAACAACAACAAUAAUAACAAUCUUAACAACAAUAAUAACAAGUACAACAAUUAUGCAACUCUCAAUGGAGCUGCAACUGUUGCUGGCAACACCAACACCAACUCCAACAACUCCAGCAACAACAACACAUUCUCAGCUGGCACAACAGUCGUUGCCUUCAAUUUCGAGCGCUUGGCGCGCGAUUGUGGCGCCGAUAACAUUGACGAUGUUCACGCCGCGGCUGCGAUGCUCUUCCUUAAGCACGGAAAAGCCUUCAGCGAGUCCUAUCAGAAUGGCGCACCGGUGAUAACGAGCUCGCCCAGCGAGGAUCACACUUACUCGGCGGGUGGCAAUAGCAAUGCGGACAGUGGAGCCUCGACGCCACGAACAAAUGGCCAGAAGAGUGGCCCACAGACGCAGACGGCGGCGACGGCAGCGAGCAUUGGACAGAGCGAGAGCAAUUGUGCCAACUGUGCCAGUUGUGCCAGCUGCACCAGCGAUGCGGCCUACGACAGCAGCGAGGAGAAUCACAACAUUUCGCCCAAGGAGCUGGCGGAUCAGCAGCGACAUCGUGAUGGCGUUGAUGCCUUGUUGUCGCUGUCGCGUUCGACGACGUCGACAACAUCGCAUUAUCACAGCAGCAACGGCAGCAGUGGCAGCAGUCAUAGUUCACCGCACAAACGCGCCUCGAGUCGCAGCCUCGAGGAAGAACAUCAUCAGCAGCAGUUGCAGCUGCAGCAACAACUUCAACAGCAACAGCAGCAGCAGCAUCAUCAGAGCAUCUACACAAAUGGAAGUGGCAGCAAAAUGGCGCUGCUUAGCAGUGCUGCUGCCAAUGUGGCAGCUGCCGCAGCCUUGGCCCAGCAGCAACAACAGCAACAGCAGCAGCAGCAACCGAUUUACGAGGAACUCUAUGCAGCGACUGGCAAUGGCAGCAGCAACACCAACACCAACAGCAACAACUCCACCUCAAAUUUGUAUAUGCAAACAAUUAGUUGUCUGCCAGCUGCUGUUGCUGCCCCAGCAGCAGUGGCUGCUGCGAACGGCGGUGGGGGACAGCCGAUGUUGCAGCAGCAUCUGAGUGCGGUCAUGGCCAAUGCUGUGGCUGUCAAAAGCAAGGUGAAGCCCUUGCGGGGACUGCGCACCAAGAUCAAGCGAAAGGCUGCCUGGAUGCGGUGAAUAUGGCGCAAGGCUGGCGGCAGAAAAUAGUCGUCUGUCUGACGCUCGCUAAAUGUCACCUACACACACCUACACACACCUCCUCGGUUUCGGCUACCUCUGCCCACACACACACACACACACACACACACACACACACAGACAUACACAAUCAAAUCAACCCAUCCUGCUCGCAUCAGUGCUGUUGUCUCUUUCUAAAGCAAAUGCUGUUCAACGCGUAGCAAAUUAGUUUCUAAGCAUCGCUUUCAAAUUUCGAACUAACUAUUCAUAAAUACUUUUUUUUUCGUGUUUUUGUUAUCCGAGCGGCGUUAUUCUUUAUUAUUUAGCAAUAACUAUCAUUAUUAUUAUUUUUAUUAUUAUUAUUAUUUUUUUAACCACAUUUUUUUAUAGUUUUAAUUGUAGUUUUUAUCGGACUUUAUUUGUAGUGGCACUUUUUUUGCUGCCCAGUUGAUUGUUGGCCAUUAUCUUUAUAUAUAUUAAUAUAUAUGAUUCUUUUUUUUUCACCGAUUAGUUGCAAUUUCUUUUCUUUGUUAGUUUUUAAUUCAAAGAUUUGUGUAUAUAUAAUUUUAACUUAAAUAUUUUAAACAAUUUUUAACACACACACACAAAACAAAAGAAAAUACAAACUGUCCUUGGGUGCUAGCUGGGCACGAAUUGUAAUUUAAUAACAUUUAUAUAUAUUUAAACAACAAUUAAUCAAAUGUGCAAGACAUGUGAGAGAGAGAUAGAGAUAGAUAGAAAGAGAUAGGCUGAGCGAGAAACAACAAAACAAAAAAAAAUAUAUGUCGAGAGGCAAUCACCAGCAGAGGUCGAAAGCAGCAAACAAAGUGUAUAUCAAAUGAAACAAAUUUGUGCUAAGUAAAAUCAAAGAUAAAACAACAACAAAAAAACAUUGAAAAACAAGAAAAAAAGGGUAAACUGUAAAAGAUAAACGACUUUUGUAUAAAAGUAAAAUGAUAAAAAAAAAAAUGAAAAA